AUGCCAGUCCAAGGGCCAACGUCUCCAUCGUCUGUGCCAUCUGCAAGCUUCAGCUUCACCUCAAAAGCUCGACGAGCAGCCUUCUGGAACAUUGCCAGGCAGGAUAUGCUCGCAGCCUUCAUCGACAGGACAAGCACAAGGCUAGAUACUGAGGACCUCGCAUUGUGGAGAGAAGCUGGCCUUGAGAUCGAUGAUCAAGGCUAUGUCAUGACCGGUAACACAACAGCAUGCGGCUUGUCCAAGGGCAAUGACAGGACGAUGGGAGAAGACCUCAUCUGCAGCGCCCUUGUCUGGCUCAUGGCUAAGCUAGUCAACUUCAUGGCUGGAAGCGAUGAAGUGCUCGCCGAAGCCGGGAUGUCAUGGGCUGGCGUUCCUCAGCGAGCCCUCCUCGACCACUGGUUCAGUCUGCAAAGGCAGUUGCAGGUCUGGUACGACAACCUCCCAGUCACAUUCGAACCUUUUGCCAGGGCUCCUUCGCAAGCACCUGGGCCUAUUUCCGCCAACGAUAAUGCGUCCAUGUUCACUGAGGUCUUGUACUCCAUGCCCAU